AGGCUGGCGGCUGUGGCUGCAUUCACAGCAGCAUUGUGGAGGGCCACAUUGUCCGGGCGACUCUCGUCUUUGUUGAUGCCUCCGCGAGGAGCUGCUGUGCUAGUCAGGUCAGCUGCACCUCCAUGGCUACAUUUACCUGGCACAGGACAGCAGGGAUAUUUAUAGAGGACUUGUCCCUGCUAUGUACUCGUGUGCUUUUCUGACCUCAUGAUGGCAACAGGACUACAGGAUAUAACUGCUGCAUAGAUAAGAGUGUCACGGUCUACCAGUCCAUUCUGGGUGUAGAUCUGUUGAAGAGCAGAGUGAAACUUGGCACCAGACACUUCUCCUAUUGCUGUGGGACCUAGACAGGCCUGGACCAGCUCUUCAGGUGAUGAACCCUGCAGUCAGAGGUCAGAGGCUAGAGGUUACAGUUGCAGUAACAGGAAAAAUGAGUGAGCACCACUGUCAGACAUGAACUUCAACUCAAAUGCCACUGGGGGAACGCUGGUUUGUCCCUUGCUACAAAUGAUGAAGAAUCACAGCCUUAAUAACAACACAAAGGCCAAUUUGGUGGUGGUUUGCAUCCACGGCCUGGUUUCCUGCCUGGGGAUUUUGGAGAAUGCCCUCAUCCUCUGGGUGGUGGGUUUCCGCCUGCGGCGCCGCACCGUAGCCUCUGUCUGGGUGCUCAACCUGGCCAUGUCUGACUUCCUGGCAACUCUGACGCUGCCCCUCUUUACCUUCUACCUUUACUCCUCACAUAGCUGGGAGCUCGGCAGCGCUCUUUGCAAAACGGAGACGUCCAUCUUCUUCUUGAACAUGUUUGUGUCAGCCUUCCUGCUGGCAGCCAUUUCAGUGGACCGCUGCCUUCUGGUGGCAAAGCCAGUGUGGAGCCAGAAUCAUCGGUCAGUGGCAGGAGCGUGGAAGGUGUGUGCAUUGGGUUGGCUGUGGGCAGUAAUUAAUACAUUACCUUACUUCCUGUUCCGCUCAGUGACCGAGACACAGGACAGGAGGAAACUAUGCUAUCAUGAUUUUGCCUUGUAUUCAUCCUCUCAAGACACUUUGGAAAGAGAUUGCAAAGUGAGGCAGGCAGCAACAGCCAUCUCCAAGUUGCUGCUGGCAUUCCUGUUCCCUCUGGUGGUGAUUGCAGGAAGCUACAUCUACAUUUCUGUCAGCAUGAGGAACAGGAGGAGGAGGAGGAGGAAGCAGAGUGCCAACAGGCUCAUUGAUGCUCUGAUUGUGUCAAACAAAGAUGGGACAUCAGGUACUUCAAAUAUCCCUACAACCACAAAAAACACUAGCAUCUUUCUCAAGCCUCCGGCCUCAAGUCCAUCUGUAUUCCUGACACCUACAACCAUGUCCCCUACUACCCCCAAUCAGACCAGUAACAAUCAGCUGUCCCAGAGCUUUACCAAGAUGGUGACAUUUGUGAUUGCAGCAUUUGUACUGUGCUGCGCUCCCUAUCACAUCUUCUGCAUAAUCGAAGUGACAGCUCAGUACUGGCACAAAAAUCUCGACCUGGUGGAGGUGGGGCUGCCCGUAGCCUCAACAUUUGUGUUCUUGAAUCCGGUGUUGAACCCUAUUCUGUACGCUUUUAGCUGCCCAAAGUUCUGUGUGAGAAUACGACAGAGUCUGGGAGCAGUGUUUGACGGUCUGGUAGAGGAAGGAGGGGAGAUACUGAUGGCGCCAGGGAGAAGUUUAAGAGCACAUAUUAGGCGAAAGAGCAGUCGGGAUGUGAGCGUUGCAACACCAGGGUCACCAAAGAGUUCAUCUUCACCCUGUCAAUAACCUGACAUCCAACCCCCCUUCCCAAUGCCUUCAUGUGGAGCAUACAAAACAAGAAUCAAAAAAGGAAAAUAGCUAAGCAUUUGGAUUUUUGGCUUUAUGUUUGAUUUAGUGGAAUGCUUGAUUUUGAUCUUUAAUCAUGUUAGAUAUGUUUUAAUAUAUGUGCAAUUUCAAGGAAGCCCUCUGACGUAUCAUAUGUGGAACAUAAAUAAGUAGUAUAGGAUUUUUAGCCAUCCAUCGGUCCGUUGGUCCAUCCAUCACUCUGGUCCAGACCAAAAUUUCUCAACAAUUACUGGAUGGAGAGCCGUAAAAUUGUAUACAGCCAUCUGUGGUCCCCCUCAGGAUGAAUUGUAAUAACUUGAUUCUCUGACUUUUCAUCUAAUGCUAUCAUAGGAUCAACCUUUUGUUUAGUCCAGUGUUUAUGACCACCUGCCAAACUAAUGACAUUCCCAUCAGACUCAGGUACACUUUGUGUUUUGUGAUAAUUAGCAAAUGUUAGCAUGAUAAGAUAGGGAUCAUAGAAAACAUUACAACUGCUACAUUUGAGCAUGUUAGCAUUGUCACUGUGAGCAUGUUAUGUUUAUGUUUUAUUUAUUUGACAGGGACAAUGCACAACAUAUGUAUUAUAUCAGACUUAGCUAAAAGCUAAUUCUUAUAAGCAGUCCCUAAGAAGGUGCCAAUAUUGCGCAGGAUAAUAAUUUAAAAGAUUAAUGACAAAUCCAAACCUUACAUUUCAUAAAAAGCAGACCAAAUCAAAUCAAACCACAUUUAAUAGAAACAGACUAUACUAUAAAAACAGACUAAAAUAUACCAAUCCUCCCAAAACAAAACAAUAAUAAAUUCCCAUAUAAAACACACCAUCAACAAUCCCAAUGCUAAAAUACACAAUCCAUCAUAAGAAAUUAACCAGACACACAAGACUGAUACUGGCCACAUUCAGUAUCUCACAGCUCAAUGACUACAUACAUGAUUGUCCUUCAACCAUAUUUUCACACUUCCUUACGCUGCAUUGUCUGACAAAGAAUUCCACAUCCCAGCUGCCUUUACUGAGAAGCAGUCUUGUCCAAAUGUAGUAGGCGCAAUAGUCCCUCUAGAGGAAGCUCUUGUUAACCUUAAGCCGGGUCUACUUACCAUUUAAGAGGAUGUGGUGCUGAGUCAUGAAUGAUCUUGUAUAAUAACCAAACACUGGACAUACGCAGGACCAGGUUAUACAUUUUAACUAUAUUACAGUAAUGAUGAGUUGUGUUUUUAUUCAUUACUGUCAAUGCUUGUUUAUACAGACAAAUAAUCUACUGUUUGCAUUAAUGUACUGUUUAUUUGAGACCAGGUCGUACUACAAAAUGAGAAAUGUCAUGGUAUCAUUGUAUGUAUGUACAGUUUUGCUGCAUCUGUCCUCAUUUGAUUUCUUUUAAAUCUGGCAUGCUGAUUCAGUAUUUAGCUCAAAGCUAUUCAUGCUCCUAGGUGGGUGAAGCUAACAGGCGUUGGUCAUCCCCUGACUUUGCCUCUAGUGCUACCAUGAGGUUAACAUUAGUGGUUUUUAAUAAUAAUAAUAAUAACUUGGCAUUUCCUCAACUUUCCUCACUGAGCUGAAAACAUGAUUGUAGAGUCUUAGCCUUGUUGUUGUAUUAUGCAUCUAGGAACCUACACCAAUAUUUGCUUUUUGACUACAUUUAAAUGUUCCAAUAAUAAAGCACAACCAUUUAUAAAUCGAAAAGAUGCUGAAAAGUUCAUUCAUGCCUUUAUUUCAAGUGGUUACUCUAACUAACUGGCCUCCUGUAUAAAACCAGUGCUCUGGCUUCCCGGAACAUUCACAACUGAUUUUAAGGUCCUAUACAAAGGCCCCUUAAUGGUAAGGGCCAAGCUACAUUGCUAACUUCCUUGUUCACUACUCUCCUUCAAGAACACUGUGAUCAUCUGCUGCCGCUUUAAGGGAGAUUCCCAGAAAGAGUUGAAUGAAAAUCGUGGGAUGCAGCCUUUGUCUGUUAGGCUAUGCCUCAAUAUGGAACACGCUACUUAUAGAUUUCACUAAAUAUUUGUAAAUGAAAGCUAUGAACCUGUCUCUUCCCUUCAGCCUUCAGCUAGCUGUGACUUUCCUGAUACAGAUGGAAAUUAUUUGCACUUUGCUUCACACUUUUGCACUACUGAGCUGUGUUUUACUUGACUUCAUGCAUUCUAUGCAUUGUAUUUUGGGACUUUUUUUAAUUAUUAUUUUUUAACGGGUUUUAUUUUCCAUUGUAUGUUAUGCAUCCCUUUUUUUAUCUUCUUAUCCAUAUGUUUUUUUAU